UAAAACGGAAGUGGAAAGUGCAGAGUUACGCAUGUGCAGUAGCUAACAAAUGGCGUACAUAGUUUCCAAAAUUUGACAGGUUCGGAUCAUUGUGUUGGUUAUUGUAAACACGCACUGUCAAACAACGGUUGAACUGAAAAUUAUAUAGUCAAGGUAUACAGCAGUUUACAAUGUCAUCAAGGCGAUCUAGUAAACAGAGUGACAUGGGUGGCGAGCUCAUUCUUGAGUGUAAGGCAGCAUUCUUGUCCAUCUAUGAUGAUAUCAAUGACAAGAUAGAGUCAAAGAAAAGACUGAAUAAUGUUCUGCAGCAGUCUGGGAGAAAUCCAACAAAAGCGGCGAUGGACAAGUAUUGGCCUAGAAAUACAGAAGAGUUGUCAUUCGAUGACUUUGUGGACAUCUGUCGUAAAGAGCCAGUGACAACAGCAGAUGAUCUAAUGAAAGCAUUCCGGAAGAUUGAUAUUAAUGGAGAUGGUUACAUAUCCCUGGACGAACUUUAUAAAAUCAUGAAUGCUCAAGGAGAAAACAUGUCUAGAGAAGAUGUGAGAAAAAUGAUUGAUGAAGUUGAUGAGAACAAAGAUGGAAAACUUGACUACGGUGAGAUAUACUCCUCAAGGAGACCUGUGAUUUGGAGAGAUAAGAUAUUUUAUGACCAGUUUACCAACAUGAUAAUGAAGACUACAGAAGAGACAAAGAAGUUUUCCAAGAAAGUUAUGGAGAGAAAAGAAAGAAAAAAGAGACCUGGGGAAAAACUACAUAACUCAGCUUCAAAUAUGGAAUCUGACAAUUUGAGCAGCCAAACUAGAUCCCUAGACAUGCACACUAAUGAAACUCCAAGGGAAAACAUAGAUAAAGAAUUUGUAGAUCCCAUUCAUGAUGUACCAGAGCAUGAUAAACAUAUAGAAAAUCAGUUGGAUGAUUUAAAACAUGGGGAAGCUCAGUCUAAUACAGAACCAAAGGGUCAUGGGUCUGAAACUAAAGGGGAUAACAGCUUUGGGUCAGUCACAUCUUUGAGGUCAAGGAAAAAGGACAGUUUAGCUGGUUCUGUUACUUCUUUGAGGUCAGAGAGUAAGAGAAAUAAGACGGGGUCUCAGUUAUCGAUUAGAACAUUACAAGAUGAACAAACUGGGUCAAAGGAUGCCUUAAGGUCAACUGAUGAACUUGGAUCAAAAGUUUCAUUAAGUUCUAAAAAUAUCAACAAGGGUUCACAAAUCUCAUUAAAGCAAGAUUCACAGGGUUCAAGGUUGUCUCUUAAACCUGUUCAAAAGGAAAGCAUGGGAUCAAAAGCAUCUUUACGGUCAUAUAAGGAAAUGGAAAAAUCAACAGAUGUGAAAGGGGCAGACACAAGUAAGCAUGAACCUGACACCUCGUCACAUAAAUCACAUGACCUGGAUGACAACACAUCAGAGUCACCAAAGAAGGAUAGCCCCAAAGCUUCGCCAAGAUCCAGAUCAGAUUCUGGCGGGAAAACUAGCCUUAAAAAGGUAACACCAAGGGAACAUGCACAGAAAGAUUCCGGCACGAAAGAAACACCAAGACGAGAACAUCUUGCUAAACAUGAUAAACCUCCUUUGCCAGACUCUCCCAAAUCAAAGGAUAGUAUUGCAGAUAAGGGGAAAGCUCACAAGCAUGAAAAGGUGGAGACUCCAAAAACUGGCGAUAGUAAGGAGCAUGGAUAUGUAUCAUUCAAGUUAAACUUACCACAAGAUUCGGCACGUUCAGUUGGUGAGGAAAUAGAUUACGAUAACGAUUUUGAUAUUGUAAGCACAGGAAGACCAACCCCUAGGAUUGACCUAAAUGCUGCUCCUGGUGGUACCCCUAGAAAGGACGAUAAACAUGCAAAGGAAGGAACAAAGGAUAAAGAAAAGGCAAAGUCUGAUGAAAAGAAGGAGAAAGAUGCCAAGGAAUCUGCAAGAGACGUAAAAGGUAAUACAAGUAAUAGGUCGGUAGAUAGUCAUUCACUUGCAAGCACUGCUAAGAGAGGUAACAAAAAUGAAGAUGUUACGUCCCCUAAGAGUCCUGAUAGAAAAAGGAUUGAAGAGUGGGGUGACAAAAAAGUAACUGGGGAUGAAAAUAAAAAGACCUUACAAGAUGACAAAGGUGAAAAAUCAGAUGUUUCUAACAAUGCUGUGAGAACAAUAAAGAGAACUGGUGACAUUGAAAAUCUUUUGAAACCAUCUAGCAGAAAUACUGGAGAUGAAGUAUUAAUGUCAUCUUCAAAUAAAAUGGCAGAUAGUGUAAAGGCAGCUAAUUCAGAUUUUGUGGAUGAAAUUUUCAAAUCCAGCAGAAACAGCAGGUCAUUGUUAGCAAGAGAGUUUGAAAUGAUUUCCCAUGACAGUUCUGCAGAAGACCAAUCAAAAAAGAAAGGUGACCAUGAAGAGAAAUCUAAGGACAGCAAAUCACACAAAAGUCAGGAAUCGACACCAAAGGUGCCUCCAAGAAAAGACAAGAAAGAUGCUAAAAUGUCGUCAAGAAAUGAGAAUGGUUUAGGCUCUCAGACAUCACUUAGAUCAGGUGACAAAGAAAUCGUUGCACCAACCCCAUCUCCGAGAAAAUCUGUAUCACGCUUGUCCGAAGAUGAUGUUCCAAGGCCAUCACCCAGGGUGAAGGGUGGAUCAAAAGGAAAAUCACCGUCAACCAAGGGUCGCGAUAAAUUACCAGAUGCAAAGUCUUUACAUGACUGGAUGCAUUAUACAAGUAAAGGCUGUUUCUUCUAUGAGGAGGAUGAAAUAGUGAGCCAUGUAUACAGCCUGAAGUUGACGGAGGACAGUUGCGUGUAUCUUUCUGCAUAUCCAAUACAGGAACCACUUGCUAAGAUGUGUGAUGUCUCGGAUCAGCCUGGAAUAGACACUGCACUGUUUAUAUUUGACAGCAGGGGUAAAGUUGUUACCUGUACAGAACAGAGGGAUACAAAAGGGACGUAUGGUGUGAAAUGUGAUCUCAGUGCAGGAGAGUACCAGGUUUUACCUUACACAACAGGUUGUAGGUUCCAGCAACGGUCUGAGGAAUCACAAGAAAACAUGAAGGAAUCAAAACUGGUUAAAACAAAAGAUGGCAAAGUUGCUAUUACAUCUGCCUUUAGGAGAGCUCUAGAAGACAUUUUUGAUCUGUGUGACCUUGACAAUAAUGGAACUAUGAGCAGAGAUGAGUUUAACUGGUUCAAUUUACGGACAAGUGGGGAGGAGCUAGGGGAAGAAGAAUGGGAAGUUGUUGAAGAGAAAACAUCAUUAGAAAAUGGAGAGAUCACAAAGCAAGGAUUUAUUGAGUUGAAUGAAAUGGAAGCAGAGGAUGCAGAGGGUGAUGUUGAAGAUCUCUGGAUAACUCUGACUAGUAUGGGCAUGAACAAGGGGCUUAUAAUGGAUGAGGCGUGCCCAUUCAGAGUUGAUGUGUAUGUUGAAGAGUCAGGAAGGAAGAAGCCAAGUUUUAAGGUGACAGGAAUUGAGUCACUGGAGAAGAAGGAAUUCGCUUCAGAAAUUUGCCAGUUUACAAUUGAAAAGGCUGAUGAGCCCACUAAGAUACGCAAUAUGAAAGAUUUAUACAUGUAUACUUACAGGAAUGAAUACAGGGCUACUAUUGUUAUAGACAACAGAUCUCGCAGCAGUGUAAGUUUACAAGCUAACUGUAGUCGCAGUAAAAAUGUUGUCAGCAACAGACCGUCUCUUGAUCACACAAUAGAAGUUGAACCACAAAGCAUGGCUAUUGCCCACCAUCUGUUGCCAAAGAGCGAGCUGAGUGAUUGGACAGUGUCCUGUACAGAAAAUAUCCUCAAGUGAUACAUUAUACAUACCCCAAUAUCGUAACAUAAUCACUGUAGAAAAUUUCAUUCAAAUAGGUUUUUAUUACAUGCUGCCUUAAUAUAAAUCAGUGGUUAAUAGUUUGCACUAUUGACUUGUCUGUAGGUUGACACUAAAUUUUUUUUGGGAUAAAGUGAAAACUGAUGAAAAAUUUAAUUCUGUUGUCAUGUAAUAAAAACUGGCUUGCAGGUAGAUAGACAAAACUGUUUGCCCUUUGGCCUUCAGACCUGGGGCAAUAGUUCUGACUAUUGACUGGCAAACCAAUCAGUAUGUGUUUAAUUAAUGUAUCUGAGAAAACUCAAUGUGUAUUUGUGAGACUAGUUACUGAAUCAUUCCAUAAAUAGAGAAUAUUCUUAGUUGAUAGUGUCCUUAAUUUUUAUGCCUCAUUUUUACAGAAUAACCGUAUAAGAGAACAUUAAGGCAAGCUUAUAAUUGCCAUGUGUUAAUUCUAAGUUAAGAAUUAACAUAUUUAGGAACACUUCCAUUUUCCAGGGUUUUUUUGUUUGUUUUAUAUCCAAUUAUGUCUGGGACCAUUACAUAAAGAAUAUACAAGAGACAUAGCUAUGAACUACUUUGUAAAAAAAUAUUUUUUCAUUACUUUUUGCAUGAUAUUUUUGUUCUUGAAUGGGCCUUUGGACACUACUAUCAUAUACUGACAGUUAAUUAAAGAAUUGUUUAAUUUUAAACAGUAUUGUUUUAAACAUGACACAAGUCUACUGGAAAGAAUUUUUGGUCAUGUGAUAUAAUGUCUAUGAAAUGUGAAGGUAAAAACAUUUACAGCUGGUGCUGUUUCUGCUAUAGAUGGUAGUUAAUAAAGUGACCAGGGAUGCAUAAAAAAAAUCUUCAGAAAGUGUUAUUGCUACAGUCAGCAUAAAGGUACAAACUGUUACUGAAGUUUGUGAAGAAUAUGAUUUUUAUUUAUGUCUAAUAUUCAUUUGUAAUAUUAUUUGUAUAGUAUUUUAUAAGAAACCAGGUCAAAAUCCAGCAUCUGGAAAAAUCUGGUUCUGAGGUAUUUGAUCAUAAAUAUGUUAAGAAUGAUCUAACCAACCAGACUAUAGUGCACAUUGAAACAGUAUUCUUAUGGUUCCAGGUUCAAGUUGGGCUGUACUUUUUUCUCCAAAUAAUUGUCUUGUGUGAGGAGGAAGAUUAUAUUUCAAAUCAGGGUUGUAAAUGAACAUUUUAGCCGUGCCAUGAGAAAACCAACAUAGUGGGUUUGCGACCAGCAUGGAUCCAGACCAGCCUGCGCAUCUGCGCAGUCUGGUCAGGAUCCAUGCUGUUCGCUAACAGUUUCUCUAAUUCCAGUAGGCUUUAAAAGCGAACAGCAUGGAUCCUGACAAGACUGCACGGAUGCGCAGGCUGGUCUGGAUCCAUGCUGGUCGCAAACCCACUAUGUUGGGUUUUCUCAUGGCGCGGCUCAUAUCAGUAAUAUGUUAAAUUAAUCCGUCCAGAUUCAUUGUAUCAUGCUUGUUAGGGGUUUUAAUUUUUUGGAAUUUUGAAAAAAAAAAAAAUUAAUUUGUUAGUUCUUACAAAAUCAAAGAGAGAUCACUGAAGUGUAUAUAUUGCAGAGCUCUAAAUUAAUACAAUGUACAAUGAAAAAUAAUAAUUACAGUGGAAGUUUUGCAUUGACUGUGAUAUUUAAGUUUUGUUUUACAUUAUCAUAUAUUUUAAGUUAUUGCACUCAUUUUUCAUUUUUGUUUAUUAUGAAAAUUUCAUAUUUUUGCAACAAAUCCACAUGCUUUAAAGUCUCAAGAAGGUUCAAAAUAAUGUUACUACUGUUACAGUUUAAGGAACUUUAUUUCAGUGAAGAAGAACUAGAAUUUUCAUAAAUUAAGUUAUCUUUAUAUUAUGACAGAUAUGGAUUUACCAGAAAACUUGUUUAUCUGAUGGCAAAAUCUGGUACAAAGUUGAUCCUUGGUAUAAAGUUAAUACAUGUAUAUUCAGGCUGUGUUUAUCCCUUUUAGUUUUAAUGCCCACAUCUAAUUUAGAAAGUUGACACUGGAUUACUGAUUAAAAUCUGUGAAAUUUUAAUUGUUGAAAAGUUCUGAGUGUCCACUUUUGUUUGUAUGUAAUCUACAAUAGGGUUUUGGAUGUUUUCUUACUUACUUUACAAGAAAGUGUUUCACAAUUGGAAGAAACAUUUUGGUAGGUGAAUUCGUUGUACUAUAUUAAUGAUAAAAUAUGGUAGGAUAUUGAAAUUUUGGUACGGCUAUCAGUGGUUAAAUGCUUAUUAUAGAUGCUGGAUCGUUUUAUGUAAAAGGUAGCUGUAUGUUAGAAGUGAAAGUGAAAGUUAAGUGAAGUAGUUAACUUAAAUACAUUGUCAUAGAUCCAAUCAGUUUUGUACUGCAUUUGACACAAUUAAACUGUAGAUGACAAAACAGCUUUGUAUGUGCUAAAAUCAAAUUGCAUUUAACAAACUUGCACAGUACAGAUAAUUGUAUUUGAAAAAAAAUGUAACUGUUUUUUGAUAAAAUAUAAAGGUUUAAAGCAACUUUUUUUGAAGAUUUGGAUAGAAAAGUGUAGAACAAACAGCACUUUGAAUUAUGUGUAUUAUUCAACAAAUCCCAGUUAUUUAUAGAAAUUUUUAUUUAGACCUUAAGUUGUUAGAUAAUAUAUUGGUAGACAAACUCUUUGUAGUUACAUUUUUUGACAUAAAGUCUUUACUAUUUAUUUCACCAUGUAUUACAACAUGUACUUAUAGAUGAAACUUUUAAGUAAUUUUAUAACAAGUCGGCUUCGAAUUCAGUAAUUAUGUUACCUUGGUAUAAUUGUAGACUAUAAACAGAUCAGUUUUCAUUGAUUAGGACCUGACAUAGCUUGAGAUUAUGUAUUUGUAAGAAUAAAUAAAGAAAAUAACAAACCUAA